AAUUCUGUUACCUUUCCACGUGUUUCGGUCCAUCUGUCUUCACCCUAAGAAUUGCGUACUUAUUUGCGGCUCAACCAUGCGCAACUUGGUGGUUCGCCACAGUGCGUGUCAGACACUGAGCCACGCCACCUGUCCCCCGUCACCCGGGGCGAGUCCGGCGGCUUGGGCCUUGGCCGAAUCCGGCGGACUCUGGUGCCUUCACGGGGAUCGUCUGACGGGGCCCGACCUCGUGGAUUGGACCUGGACCGCUCAACUGCCACCGGAGGCCGCCCAAUGGCCUUGCGUACGUCUGCUAGACCUGUCGGACGGCACUGUGGUCGGGGCCUUCGAGCCCGGCACGCUGAUGCAAUGGCAGCCUUCGUUGUACAGCGUGGAAGAAGUGGGUUGGGUGGCCGGCGGCGUGCGCGAUUUGGUGCGCAGUCCGGAUGACGAGUUGUUCGUGUUAAUCACGGCUCAGGACACGUUGGUAGUGAUGAGCCGUGAGUUCGACCCGCUCUGCGAGGUGGAUUUGCAUCAAACGGAGUUCGGGCAAGGCGCUUUUGUCAAUGUGGGCUGGGGUCAGAAAGAGACGCAGUUUCACGGCUCGGCCGGUAAAUCUGCGGCCCAUCAGGCCCCCACGCCCCAUCAACCCGUGUUUGAAUGGGAUGACCGCCGACCUCGUUUAGUGUGGAGGGAUGACGGGCAAAUGUGGGCCGUGUCCCAUGUAACACGAGGCGAAAUGGCCGUGCGGCAAAUCCGUAUCUUCAAUCGGGAAGGUGUGCUUCAGGCUACCUCUGAGCCCUUGCCCGGGUUGGAGUCGGCCUUAGCCUGGAAGCCCUCGGGGUCGUUGAUCGCUUCCACUCAAAGAUUGCCCCAUAAAUAUCAGGUUGUGUUCUUCGAGAAGAAUGGACUUCGCCACGGCGAAAUCGUCUUGAACUUUCAUAGCCGAACCGAAGCUCGCGUCACUCAGUUGGCUUGGAAUAAAACUUCGGAAGUCUUGGCCGUACUGGCCACGGACUAUUUAUCGCCGGACGAACCUGUGGUCCGGAUUCUUUUAUAUACCUGCAGCAACUACCAUUGGUCGUUGAAACAGGCCUGGUCCACCCCCCAAGUCAAUCUCCUGCACUUCGAAUGGGAUGCUGUGGAUCCCCUCAGAUGUCACGCCGUGUUUUCGAAUGGCGAGUAUUGGCAAUGGCAAAUGGGAUUUGAGGUCCAGGUCUCUCGCGGUUUUUCCCAGUCGAAUCUGGCGUUUCACGUAAAUGUGGACGCUAAAGUGUUGAAGAUCACUCCCUUCCGUCAAAUGGUCGUCCCACCCCCUAUGAGUGCCUUUGAAGUUCACUUCGACGGAUACAUUAAAAGCGUGUCGGCUUGUCCAGAUGCUGAAUCGCAAGAAAUGCUGUCCAUCAAUGGAUUUGUGGUCCAAUUAGAUUCAGGCGACAUUCACUUCCUUUCGACACAUCAGGGCGAAUCAAAAUGUGUAAAAAUCACGGGUGCGGGUGGAAACGGCUUCAUCGUGAAAAGUCAGCUUUUGUAUCCGCAAGGCAGCUUGUCUGUUUCGGAAGGAGUUUUAGACUCGCUGACCUGUUUAUCCGAUGAUUUUCUCGUGGGUUCGCUGAGUAAAAAACUGAUUGCUCUUCAUAUCAGUAAGAUGCCCGAUGGUUUGAUAGCCCGAACGUCCUCUCUGAUUGCACCUGAGACCAUAUAUUCAAUUUCAAGCGAUCCUUCGGGGAAAGUCGCUGCCGUUCAAUUAGUUAGCGGAUUGGUUCUCAAAUACCAACCCCAUGACGAAGACCUGAAGCCCUGGUUGACGAACAGCACUCUUCAACAUCCGCAAGUGUGCGUCAACUUGGUCGUGGUGGCGGACAAAAAAGAGGAGGAAGUGUUUCAUUGCUUAGGCCUCACUGCUAGACAUCGUUUGUAUUUGGAUGGCAAAGAGAUCGCCUCCAACAUUUCAUCUUUCGUGGUUCAUUCGGAUUUCUUGUUGGCCACCACCAUGAAGCAUGAAUUGAGAUGUUUACCGCUUAUCAACUUGACCCAAGCUGAGAACGAGGGCUCGUGGUUCUCAGAGUCUGUCCGUGCCUUAGAGAGAGGUUCAAAACUGGUGAUGGCAGUGUCAGAGGACUCGAAGGUGGUCCUCCAAAUGCCGAGAGGAAAUCUGGAGGUGAUCCACCCCCGAGCUUUAACUCUCUACCUGGUCAAAAAUAUGUUGGAUAACGGAAAAUACGGAAGAGCUAUGGAUACACUUCGAAGGCAAAGGAUCAAUCUCAAUCUGUUGGUCGAUCACAGCCCAAUGAAAUUCCAAGAGUCUAUUAGGGAUUUCAUCGAACAAAUUCAGGAUAUCUCGAGGCUGUGCCUUUUCAUAGCGGAUUUAUCAAAUGAAGAUUGCACCUUGACCAUGUACUCUUCGAUUUAUCCGGAGUCAUCUGGGCCUUUUCAUUGGCCCGAAAACUCGAGUAAAGUUGAUACCAUUACUAAUCUGAUGUUAAAGGUGUUGGCCACCGAUGAAGAAAAAAAUAUUUUGCCCAUUGUGUCUUGUAUCAUCAAGAAUUCAAAAUCCGACCUCGAGAACGCACUUCAACGGAUCGACUACAUGAGAGCCCAGAACAUGGCUGUUGCUGAGGAUGCCUUGCAGUAUCUUCUGCUUUUGGUGGAUGUGAAUAAACUUUUCGAUGUGGCCUUGGGCAUGUAUGACUUUGAUUUGGUGCUGUUUGUGGCGGAAAAGUCUCAGAAAGAUCCCAAGGAGUAUUUGCCAUUCAUGAACGAGCUCAAUUCCUACCCAUUGGCAUAUCGAAAGUACAAGAUAGAUAUUCAUUUGAAGCGUUAUGCCAAGGCCUUAAGCAAUCUUGCUCAAGAACAAGAGACAACUUAUGACGAAGAGUGCUUGUCUUUGAUCCGCAACCAAAGACUUUACAUUGAUGGGAUGAUCAUAUUUCGAAAGAAAAAUGAGCUUUUCAAGGCUGUGUGUGAAGCUUAUGGUGAUUAUUUGACUGUGAAAAAUUAUUAUGAAGACGCUGCCCUUACAUAUCAACGAGGUGGAUGGUCUCUAAAAGCUUUGGACGCAUGGGAAAGAUCCCUGAAUUUUAGGUAUUGUUUGGGACUGGCUCAGACCUUAAAGUUACCACAAAAUGAGCUCCUGGCUUUGUGCCAGAGACUGGUUCAGAGUCUCAAGGAGGAGAGGAAGUAUUCGGAGGCUGCUUUGAUCCAUAUGGAAUAUCUCAGUGAUGGCGAGGAAGGCGUCGCUUGUCUCAUUGAAGGACAUGCGUGGGCCGAAGCGUUCCGAUGGAUUGCCAAGCUGAAUCGUCCGGAUCUCAAGGAAACCCAUCUUCUUCCAAGUCUAAAGGCAUUUGGUGAAACCACUUGGGAAAAUAUUCAACGGAAUAAAGAGGCGUUUAGGGAAAAGCUGGAGCGACUGAAAAGAGUUCUUGACAUGAAGACCAAGGCAUUACAAGGGCACUUUGAUGAUGUUGAUUUGAAUGUGGAAGAUGGCGACCUCUAUUCAGACACAACCUCAAUGACUGGAACCGCAUCAACCAUUUCGGGCAAGAAAUCCAACGCAGCAUCCUUAAAGACCAGAAAUACACAGAGAUCGAAAUCCAGCCGAAAUCGGAGGAAGCAUGAGAGAAAAAAGUAUUCCACCAAAGAGGGUAGUACUUACGAGGACCUGGGGCUAAUUGUUUCACUUCAUGAACUCAUCACCGCUAUCUACAAAUCCACCGCGGAAGUUGGAGAACUGUUACGAGGCCUCGUUCAAAUCGAUGACUUGGAAGCGGCCGUCAAAAUUCAAAGAGGCAUGUCACAAACACUCGACCUUGUGAAAACAGCCAUCCCUUCCAUUUGGAAGGCGACUCCCACUGUAGGAUUAUUGGGAGAAGUGACGGAGCCAGAUCGGAACCAAUUCGGUCCCAAUGCCACCACGGCUGAUAUUGUGAGCAACAAACGCCCCAAUGAGGACUACUCUCCUGAAUACAAUUUGUUAGCGGCCCAUUUUAGAAUUCCUCCCUCUAAUGUGCCCAGUGAGUAUUGGAAAUUGCAAAUUUUGGAAUGUCCAAAGGUUUAGAAUGGUUAAUAAAUCAACUCGUGGUUUAUUUUUGAUGCUGA